AGUAUUUUCGUCGUGGUCUGGAGGUCGAGGUGGUGACUUCGUGUCUACAGCAUCUGAUUGUACUACUUCUGGUGCAGCGAGAAACAGACAAACAGAAAGUCAACGAAACAACUACUACUACACUUCUAAAAGGAUUCAUCAAUAUGGCCGCCUCCUACCGCUCCCUCCAGAAAAUUCUGGAGCACACCGGAUGGGCGUGCGAUCGCAUCACCGGGUCUCACCACAUCUUCACGAAGGACGGCCACGGGUGCAUUCCCGUUUCGAUUCACUCGAAGCACGCCGUCUCGCGGGCGGUCUUUAUGGGCACGCUGAAGUGCAUCGAGGAACGACACGCUGAAUUCGAGCAGCGGAGGACGAGAGAAGUAGAUACAGCGUCAAUCAAUCGUGGUCGAAAUUAUGCUGGUAAAAAGCCUCCUGCACCGGAGGUCCUCACGAACAACAGAAAAACCUCAACUCUAUCCGCACGGAAUGAAGACUCUUGCACAAGCAGUUCAGCAUCAUCUCCGCCGCAAUCACCCGGGAGCAGCAGCGGUGCGGCUUCUACCGCAGCACCGUCGCCGGAGGACGACAGUCCGCCGUCAACAACUUCUAAGGUCGACGUGAAAAAUCACGGUAGAAGUUGUAUCCUAAGCAAAAUCGUCCCCGACCCCAUAGUCAAUCUGCUACAGAAAUGAUCCACAAGUUUUGGUUGUCGAGCAUGACAAGUUUGGUCUCGUAGAGUAAAAAUCCUGUUUAGCUAGUGCAGUUGCAUCACAAACUGACUACCUCAUCCUGAUUCUACCAUGACAAGUCUGCAGAUAGCAUUAGAAAAUGGCUCUCAUGGGGUUGCGCAUGUGGGACAUUUUAAGCUUGCUGCUUUGCAUGACAACUCUGGGCGGUUGGGGACGUUUUUGCUCUGGAUAAGAAGUUCUUGGACACUGCCCGUGAUUCUCGUGGAGGAACUGGCGGGCGAGCCGGCUUUGCUCGCGGAGCUGACUGCGGAGGCCGAGAAGCUCACGGCGGCGCAAAAGGACCACGCGGAAGGGGCCGUGGAGGCGGUGCUGGAGGAAGUUUUCGUGCUGCUAAGUCAGGAAGCGUUUGAGCAGGCCGAGCGGAAGCUGAAGAUGUUCUUCUACGAGCACAAGCUGUUUUCGCCCGGCAAAGUGCUCAAGGAGAUGAAGAACCGCGAACCCCCGGGGCUGAUUCCGGACCAGGAUUAUGCUUUUUGUGGUCAUGAUGCGGUUGCGGUUGCGGACGAAGGGGAGGGCAAAAUAAACAAAGUGAAAGAUGUUGACGUUGAUGGAUUGGCCGUAGCGUUAGCAGGACUGGGCUUGGAACCCGCCCAGGGGGCUGGCGAUGUUGAUCAACGUGCCGGUAUUAAAACCACUUCUGCGACUGCUAGUGCGACCGCUAGUAGUACGACAAGCACCUGUACCGAACAAACUACAACGAAGGAGUACAGCAAAAAGAAUUUGACAGACCUCUUGUCGUCCGAAACUUUGGAAGAGCUGGACUUUGUGCUGCUGGCCACCAUCCGGGCCCGCGUGUUUCGGGUGAUCGACACCGGAUUCGUGUCCUUCGUGGAGACCGACGGCCUGUGGCAGAUCCUGGCCCUGAUCGACGACAUGCACGCGAAGUUUUGGCGCAAAAGCGCGCUCGUAUCCGACAAGCGGGAGGACAUGCUGCGGAACCUGGCGACCCGCUUCAACGCGCGGCUCGCGACGGAGGUGGAGAAAGUGUCCUGUGCGGACGACUACGACGGCGACGGCACGAAGAAGGAGGAACGGCUACGCGAAAAAGGCAACAAGUGGUACAACCGCAAGAGGAAGGAACAACAAGCAGAUGAUACUAAUAGCGUGGUCCACGACCAGCACGAGGGGCAGAACCUGGAGAAGCAGUAUGGGAAUGUGAUACUCUUUUACGCGUCCGUGACCGAAGCGUUCGACUUCAUCGCAGCCACGGUGGAGAAAGGCUACCUGAAGCGACACUACGUCGUGGAGCACUUCGGCCACGCAUUCGCGCUCUCCGUCGCCUUCCUGUUGGAGGACCUGCGCAAGCGGUUUUUCCACUAUCGCCAAUUCGCGGAGAUCGAGACCAUUUUGCAGCGUCUGCUGAAGGUGUUUGGCGUCCCCACUUCGGAAAUUUCGCCGAAGUGCUGGUACCAAUUGACCGCGCCGGGUACUUCGGACAACGAGGUGGGCAUUGUGCCUGGCACGCUGGAGCUAAGUGCCAACGCCUCGGCGAUGCGGAAACUGUUUUUGACGGGCUUGGCGGACGAUGUUAGAUUGCAAGAGCAAAAGGACCAGAAGCAAAAGACCACACGCGGCACGAAAAACAGUUCGUGUCUGGCUUCGGCAGAGGCGAAGCGGAUCCUGUCCAGGCAAGUGCGCGAGCGGCAGCUCGCGGACCAGAAGCAGUUGAACAAGGACUACAUUCUGUACACACCGGAACACGCGGCCGUAAAUUUGGGGCUCAACAUUGCGGACGACGGGGAGUUGUUAAACUUGAAGAUUUUUUUUCACCUUACCCUGCAGGGGCUGAAAGACCAGGACCGACAGGCCGAGGUAGAGUUAACAUCGCCUAAAGCGGUGAAAAAGAAGAAGCAGUUGCUGUUUGGGCUCUACAACAUCCUGUGUGGCGCGUGCGAGCACACGUGCCGGUCCGCCGACCCCGAGACCCUGGCUCUGUUCGGGGGCUGGUUCUCGAGUGCACAGAUCCGGCGGCAGCUGGAGCAAGAGUGGGGUAUGGACCCGCUGGAGGGCGCGCCGGAGAAACUAAAGGCAGAGGAAAUGGAGGACGACGACGGCGAGGCAAGCGAUGUAGAAGACGAUGAGAAUGUUGGCCAAAAAGAAGAUGAAAAAAAUGCGAAAAGUGGUAAAAAGACCGCAAAGGUAAAGGACGAGGACGGCGUUUUCACCUCCGCGGACCUCCGCCGCUACUUCGCGGAGAUGGCGGACGAUGCCGACGAGCGGGAGGAAAUCAAUGCGGCGAAGGAGCAGGACCAAGACUACAAAAUCGAUGUGAAACAGGUCGAUGGGUAUGUGAAGCUUGGCGACGAGCUGAAAGGCAGUCGGCGCGGUGGCUCUUCAGAGCGGUCGGGACAGGCACAGCAAGAACAAUGUAGAAGUUGUACUGGAGGAUCGGUUCUUGACGUCGCAACUACCAUUCGCGCAACCGAUCCCGCGACCGCAGUGGCGAUGCUGCAGCAGGUAUCAAAUGCAAAAAUGUCUGGGUCUGGAAGAUUCUGAGACUUGUCGUGCAUGGUUUGCAUGCGCCAUGAUGUCUGUGAUGCAUGCCCUAGCAUCACAGGUUUUUUGAGGCAUUCUUGAUACCUAUUCCGCAUGACAAAUGCCCUCUCCGCGUAGCAAAAAUUAGAAUCCUUUUGCUGCUCAUGCAAGACAAAUUUUUUAGACAUCCAAAUGCAGCAUCACAAGUUCCAAUCUUCCAGACCCAGACAUUUUUACACUUGAUAGCAGGUGGAGCUGUUCUCCGCCUGUGCCACGUACCUGAUCUGGCUCGCGCCGAUUUAUCAGCAGAUGGGAAAAUACGGGCUGGUACCUUUUAACCACGGCCAGCAGGCGUUUUUCUCGAAAAAGAAGGCGACCAGCAGGAAUAAAAUUGAUACCGCAGUGGUCUCAUCUGCUUCAGCUUGUUCGCAACACCUGCCCGAUGUUGAACACGCCCAGUUUGAUAUCGUCCCCGGGAACAAUAAAACGAAAGACAAGAAGGAGUUUAUCUUUUGCGUGGGAGACCGGGUGAAUCUGAAGAACUUAAAGAGCAAGCCGGAGUUGAAUGGGCAGCGGGCCGAAGUUGUCGAAUGCAUUUCCGCGCAGCAAGGGCAUCAAACGCGGUAUGCCGUGCGACUGUUGCACGAAAACAUCAGGCAAACAAGUCCGGACCACGAAAACUAUCCGAAAAACAACAACAGCAGCAAGAAGGUCCUCCUCAGCCUGAAACCGGACUCGCUCGCCCUCGUGCGGGCCGACUACGGGAGCCUGUUGCAGAACCGGGAGGCCGGCGAGCAGAUUGGGUUUGUGGCGCCGCGGAUUCCCACCGCUUUCACGGAACGGGAGGAGAAAUUCCUGCCAAAGGGCAGCAAGGAGCGGCAGGCCGCGUUUCGGACACAGUACGAACAACAAUCCGACGUGUUCCGCGGCGUUCCGGACUACGAGCUGGAUCAAGUCCCUGAGGUUCCGCACGACAAGGCGCUCCGGGAUCUGAUGACCGAGUAUUUUGCGAAAACGGAGGACUUCGCAAAGUUGGUCUUCGGCCAGGACGGCAGAAGCACCAGCUCGCUUCCCGAGGUGCGAGCAGAACAAAGACACGGGUUGGGUCGUCAGAGGAAUGAGGAUUUACAACAACUUCAAGGUGUUGUGGAGGACUAUGAGGAAGAUCAAGAUAUCCUGUUUCCCGCAGCGAAAACGCGGGACAACGGCGAGCUCGACGUGGACCUGGAUCCGGUGGCCGCGCUGAUGCUCGGCAUCCUGGCCCAGGACGUGCUGCAGGGCAUGGCUGACAUUCUCCUGAUGCUGCACCACGAGUGGUCUGGUACGAUCUGCCCCCACCCGGUUUGCCAGCAGGUGUUCCAGCUGCUCGAGAAGCACGGAGCUCACGCGUCGGAACACGAAGUUUUUGGGAAGUACUGGACCGAGCCGGCGUGGCGAGACUUCCACCUGAACACCAUGACGGACUUGCAGCAGUGGAGCUCCAACCUGGUGCAGGUGUUGCUGAACUUCCAGCUGGCCUUUGAACUGGAAACCGAAAACGAGAACCGAGCGAACAUUGCCUGGGCGUUUCUCGGGAGUGUCAGAACGAACACAAGAAAUAACUCUAGUACGAGUCGUGAAACAAGUUGUACUUCUACUGCGGCGAAAUCGAAAGCGAAAAGUUCUUCGUGUUUAACCAGCGGCCCGACUGGUGCGGACGAAGCGGCUGCAGCUUCUGUUUCGGCAAGUAGAACUACGGAGCAGGAGGAACAGCAACACGGUGUUGACCAUGGGGCUGUGGUGGUGGACCACUACGUUGUCGACCAAGAACAGGAGGACAAAAAUGAUUCCGCCUCGUCGUCCACCCAGUUGGAGGCGCUGGUUUCGCUGGUCUACCGGGGCGAGCCCGCGUACGCCCGGCAGCAGCGCGAGCAGUCGCAGCGGGAGCUCGGAAUUACAGCCCCGGGUAGCAACAACGUGUGCAAGUAUGCGCAGGACUACCGCGCCAUUCGGUGGGUGUACCUGCCCGCGCUGAUGGAGCGGAUUGGCAUCCUGCGGCACCGUAUUAAAUGCAAAAAUGUCUGGGUCUGGAAGUUGGUAACUUGUGAUGCUGUUUUUGGAUUCCAAAAAAAUCUGUAUUGCAUGACUAGCAAGAGGAGUUCAGUUUGUGCCACGCGGGGAGGGCGUUAUCAGGCAGCCCAUGCGGAAUAGGCAUCAGGAAGCCCUCUAAAAAUCUGUGAUGCUAGGGCAUGCAUUACAGGCGUCGUGGGUCAUGCAAAAUAAUGCAUGACUUCCAGACCCAGACACUUUUGCAUUUGAUACACCGCACCGGCCCCAAGGAGGUGCCCACCAAGAUGGUGGCGCUGCUGGGCCUGUGCAACGAGUGGUUCGAGAAGGCGGUUCUGCUCUAUGAAUUGGCCACGACGUGUCUGUAUCCUGUGCAAAAGUAUCGUACUCGUAUUGCAAUCAUGCAUUGCAAAUCCUUUACCUAAGGCCAAUCCGCAUUUACAAAUUUUCUUUCUCAUGUUGAGAAAAUUUGUAAUGCAUCUAUACGAGUACGAUACUUUUGCAGUUCAUAGUCUGCCCGCGCAGCCGACGCUCCCCGGGGCCACGGCGCAGGACCUGAAGCACCCCAUUUGCCAGUGGCUGGAGUUGCCGGGGGCGGGCGGGUUGUUCGGGGUGUUCGGCCGGGACAAGGAUCUGGCUCAAGUACGGAAGAAAAUAAGCGGGGCUGCAGGAGGUGGAACCGCCUCGACCUGUUCAUCAUCUUCACGAGGUAGUCUCGCCUGGGCCUACAACAAUGCGACGAAAACGAGUGGUCAACAGGAGACAUGUGCCACUAAUGCUGCAACACUGCAGCAGGAGCCGCGUAGUUCAAAAUCCAAGCAGGCAAAAAAAGAUCAUACGCAAGAGCGUGCUUCUGCUUCACCACUACAGCAGCUGCAUACCGGGGCCGGGCCGUCGAUGCGAUUUUUCCACAUGGGCAUCUUCAAGAAGGACACCCCGCGAAGCAUGCAAGAACUCGUCGGUAGUGGGCUGAAAGGGACUGAUACGAAGAUGGCGGACAACAUGAUCUCUCCCUUUUCCUCAUAAUUUGCAGGGCAUUUGUAUGUUUGUUGUAUGUAGCAUCAACAUCAGAAAUAACUACAACCGGAAGCAGGAUCCAGCUGUCGCAUGGCAAGACCAUGCCAGGAGUUGCGCAGCUUGUUGGGCUUCCGGGCCCUGUUAUGCAAACACAGCCAGAGCAGGGCCCAGGGCCAGAUACGGGUUAUUGCCAUUGGGGGCAUAUGAAUUUUGCAUGACGACGGAAUGGGAGGGGGAGUUGUCAUCCACUAGCAUAGCACACAUCGAGACGUUCUUCGCCACCGUGUACCGUAUUCGAGCGACCUUUGAGUUGCAGUUCUACACUUGCUUGCACUUGGAAGAGUUCUUUCUGCAGGAGAUGAAAGUUUCUGAACUUGCUGGCGCAGCGUCGCUGCAUCGGGAACAGCUCCACAUCGGCUCCCUCGUGAGAAUCAAGGACCUAAAAUCGGUCUCGGGGCAGGCGUAUCAAGUGCAAAUCCGGCUGGAUCUGGAACGAAGAUAGCAGACCUUCUUGUAAUGCUGUUUUUGCAUCCGAAAGAACAAGAAGGCCUGGAAUACUCACAGCGCAUGGCAAAUUCUUCGGAGGCUCCGUGCCUAUAGGCCGCAUGAGAAGUCGCGUCUUUUAGGGACAAAACGAAAAGCGCGCAUCUUCUGCUAGAUCAUGCAACACAAGGCUUUGUGGUGUGUGCUAGCAAUAGCAUCCGCAGCACAAGUUCAUCGCAUCUACUUUCCAGACCCAGGCGCAUUUGCACUCCAUUAGGCACUGAACGGCAAGUACGGCUGUGUGGAGGGGAAAAUUGCGGCCACCGGUCGCUGGUCGGUCGCGGUCGCGGGGAAAAAGGGAAAGAAGGCCUUGCAGAAAGAAAACCUGGAAUUGUGCCCGCGAAACGGCGGUGGACGUGGUGGGCAUCACCCAGCUACGGGAGCGCCACAAACUACGUCCUCUUUGAACAAACUACGGGGUGGCCCGCCCCGAGGAGAGGAGCUGCACGGGGAUGAACAAGCUGGGAAGAUCACUCUCUCGAUGAAGAACUGCAUUCCGUCACACUGCGCCGCUUGGACCGGCUACCAAACCGCGGCUGUUUUCGAGUCUGUGCUGCUUGGGAAAAAGGAGGAGCAGGGAUCGUUCUCGGGUCAGCCCGUAGUGGUGGAAGCCUUGACCUGGGCGUAUGCAUUGCAAAAGUAACGUACUAGUAUAAAUUGCAUUACAAAUUUUGGCAAGAAGAAAAGUGGAAUCUGUAUAUGCUGUUUUACCUUAGGAGGGAGAUUUGUCAUGCAUAUUUGCAAUUAGUACGAGUGCGAUACUUUUGCACAGCAUAGGGCGUUGCUGAAACUGAUUCUCGUCGACGGGGCCGCGGCCGCGGUUGCAACGACUGCGAACAAAGGAACUACUGCUGCUCCUUGUGGUCCAUCUAUUGUGGCGGACGACAGCAGCACGUCGAGCCCUGUCGUGAAGAAUAACAGCAACAGUAGACCGCUGUUAAAAACAAGUCCACUUUUGAUCAUGUCCUCGGGAAAAAAAAGUUUGAUCAGUUCCAAAACGCGGGAAAAGUUCAUCGAGCCGCUGCAGGCGAGAAGGAAAUCGCUCCUGCCGCUGCUGCAGCAACGGUCGCGCGCGGUGAAGCGGCUCCGCCUGUUUCGCAACACCUGCCUGCUGGGGUUCCGGGAAAUCCCCAAAAACAGCAGAUUCUGGGACUUCAAAUCGAUCACCGACUGCCUCUAUGCAUUUCUGCAAAUUUUCAUAUCGCCGUGGGUCUGAAAGCAUUGCUUGCCAUGGUGCUUGUCUGACAUGGUGACUCUGAUGAGCUUUGUGAUGCCUAUAGGCAUGCAAAAAUCUUCACAACAGGAGCGGAAAAACUUUUCAUGCUUGGCAGCGCACUAUCGCAGUGCUCCUAUGAUUCACGACCUUUUGCAUCGUGACAACUUUCCAGACCCAGCGGCCAUAUUUGCAUUUGAUAGCCCGGUCACGGGAGGCGUGGCAGGGUUGAAGCCGCUAUCGGAGUUUACGGAGACGCAUAUACUCCACAUGCCGGACACACGGGAACGAGAAGUCUGCGACCUGUUGUCCGACCUGCAAAGCGUAAGAAUCUGCUCGGAGAAGCUCAAGGCGGAGUUACAGACGGUGGUUGGAGGCGAUUUUCUGCAAAAGUAUUGUGUCGCUUUUGUCCAAUAGAAACAUAAAACAAUGAGAUGAAUGACCCAUCAACAAUGAUGAAGAAGAAGUCGGAACAAGAUGAUGUGGUCAAAGUAAAUGUAGUGUUUUUCUUUUUACUGUGUGAUGUAAUGUUGUACCGACUUGUAGCGCAUCUCGUCAAAAUAAGAAUAACUCGAAUCAACAACAUUUUUGUCCGAUCGAUGACCGCAGGUUUAAGUCUUCGGAGUUGCGCAUGGCGUUACUGGAGAUCGGGAAGGCGCUCAAUGGAGGUCAGCAGCAGUGCGAGCAGUCUAAGGGAACAAAAAACCGAAACGACAACCUGAACAUCAAUGCGAGCAGCAGCUCGACGGGCGGUAGCUCCUCGUUCGCGCCGGCAGCACGUGCUGUUGGUGGCGGGGAGGUGGUAGAGGAAGUGCAAAAGAACGCCGUGGAAGAUCCCUUGGUGUUUGCUUACUUGGUAUCAAAUGCAAAAAUGUCUGGGUCUGGAACAUUCUGAGACUUGUCAUGCACGGUUUGCAUGAGCCAUGCUGUCUGUGAUGCAUGCCCUAGCAUCACAGGUUUUUCGAGGGAUUCGUGAUGACUAUUAGCAUGACAAAUGCCCUCUCCGCUAAGCAAAAAUUAGAUCUUUUUGCUGCUCAUGCAACACAAAUUUUUUAGACAUCCAAAUGCAGCAUCACAAGUUGCAUUCUUCCAGACCCAGACAUUUUUGCAUUUGAUACUUGGAUCUGAAAAACGACGAGCCAGCGUUGACGAACAAGGAGAUGGCGGAGAAGUUGGGGAUUUCCAAGGAAAAACUGAAGCGCAUCGCUCGGGAGGCGGCCAAAUACUUCUUCUAGAAGUAGGCGAGGUUUGUAAUUGUAUCCUCGUCCGAGAGAGCAGCCCGGCUCUCGCCUUCAAUUAGACGACUAGCGAGACAGCUUUAGCAAAAGAAGUGUUGCUUUAGACAGAACUGCAGUGGUGGAGUAACAAGACCGACGCCAGUUAUGUCUUUCCGAAUCUUUUCAUCUUUGUCACACCGAUAGGAUCGGAUCUGCUAAUGCC